CUCGUUGACAAAGCUAUCUGGCUAUGCUGAUGUUUAGCUAAAGAUAGUUUUAUCAUUUAAAAUUUUGGACUCCGUCACUUUAACAUUGUAGGAGGAAGGCCGAUAAAGAAACCGAACAUCCAUAGCAACGUUGUUCAAGAAGACUUAUGCGGUCCUGCUAGCAGGGCAAGAUGUUCAACAAGUCAUUUGGUACUCCCUUUGGUGGGGGGACAGGAGGUUUUGGCACCUCAUCGACCUUUGGACAGCAAAAUGCAGGUUUUGGGACAGCAGGAGGCUUUGGGACGUCUGCGUUCGGGACCACGACCAAUGCUGGAGGACUGUUUGGCUCUACGCAGAAUAAACCUGGUGGUCUGUUUGGGUCCAGCACAUUCAGCCAGCCAGCAACUUCCUCCACCAGCACUGGAUUUGGUUUUGGUGCAGCAAGCGGCACUUCAACUAGCCUGUUUGGCAACACCGGAACAGGCACCACCGGGGGACUCUUCUCCCAGCCGAACAAUGCUUUCGGUGCCAACAAACCCACCUCUUUUGGAAGCUUUGGGACAAGCACCAGCAGUGGAGGGCUGUUUGGGUCGACCAACACCACCUCUAACCCUUUCGGUGGAACAACUUCCCUCUUUGGAGGAUCUGGGUUCUCUGCUGCCCAGCAGCCAGGGACAACUGUAAAAUUCAAUCCUCCAACGGGAAAUGACACAAUGGUGAAAGCAGGUGUGACCACAAGUAUCAACACUAAACACCAAUGUAUCACAGCCAUGAAGGAGUACGAAAACAAAUCCCUGGAGGAGUUGAGGUUAGAGGACUAUCAAGCGGGCAGGAAGGGCCCGACCAAUCCAAUGGCUGCAGGGACAGGUAGUUUGUUUGGAUCGGCCACUGCCACAUCCAGCGCCACCACCGGUCUGUUUGGUUCAUCUGCACCCAAUGCAAGCUUCUCCUUUGGCCAGAACAAGAGCACCUUUGGAGCAGCAGCACCAGCCACCGGUGGUUUCGGUACUACCACAGGAAGUCUCUUUGGUCCGCAGCCCCCGCAACAAGCCGGCAGCCUCUUCAAGCCGUUUGGUCAGCCCACCACUACACAGAGCACUGGCUUCUCCUUUGGUAACACUAAUACUAUGGGACAGGCCAACACCAGCAGCAUGGGUUUGUUUGGAAACACGGCAGCGUCUCAACCAAGUGGGUUGUUCGGUGCUGCUCAGACGAGCACUGCCACUGGCUUUGGGACAGGAACCGGGCUGUUCAGCCAACCCAAUGCUGGAUUUGGAAAUGUUGGCACUCAGCAAAGUUUAUUCGGUAAUAAGACAGCUGGGUUUGGCACCACCACCAGUGCCCCAUCCUUUGGCACUGGCACUGGGCUCUUUGGCAACAAACCUGCUCUCACGCUGGGUACCGGAACCAACACUUCCACUUUUGGUUUUGGCGCAAACCCUGCUGGAGGGAGUUUGUUUGGCAACAAGCCAGCCACUGGAGGGCUGGGCACAGGACUGGGAACCAGUUUCGGAACAGCAGUGGGCACAGGACACACAUCUCUGUUUGGAAAUAACCAGAACAAGCUGGGCACCGCACUGGGAACGAUGGGAACUUUUGGAACAACUGGGUUCAACAGCGGAACCAACAACCUGGGCUUCGGAGCUCCGCAGCAACCCGUCGCCCUCACAGAUCCGAGUGCAGCGGCCGCCCAGCAGGCCAUGCUUCAGCAACAGCUCAGUGUUCUGGCGUACUCACCGUACGGAGACUCUCCACUGUUCAGAAACCAGCUGUCAGACCCCAAGAAGAAAGAGGAGCGUUUGAAACCAACCAAUCCGACGGCCCAGAAGGCUCUGACCACUCCCACUCACUACAAGCUGACCCCUCGACCUGCGACCAGGGUCCGCCCCAAAGCCCUGUCGUCAUCAGGGGCGUCCAAGUCGCAGCUCUUUGACGGCCUGGAUGACGACGAGCCCUCACUCACUAACGGAGCCUUCAUACCCAGGAAGAGCAUCAAGAAACUUGUGCUGAAGAACUUGAACAGCAGUCAGUACAGCAGUCCGAUCAACAAGGAGACAGACGAUCUCGCUUCACCAUCAGAGUACCCACAAAACGGACACAGUCAUAUUGAGGAGGAGGAGGAGCUGAGGGAGGUGCCGGGCCCCAGCAGCCGGGCAGACGAUGACCCAGAGGUAACCCAGUUUUACGUCAACCCUAUCGCCAAGCCGAUCCCACAGGGCCGCGCCCAGACCAGCCUGCAGGACACCAUUAGCGACCUCAACAUGCACAAAACGGCCAGGAACGGACUGGAGCUGAGCAGUGAGGAUGUGUCAGCGUCUCUGGGGGAGGAGUCUCUGCAAGAGGAGAGAGAGGAGGAACAGCAGGAGUCCCAACAGGCUCCUCACCCAGCAGGCAUUGUUCUGAACCGUGUUGGUUAUUACACCAUCCCCUCCAUGGAGGAUCUGGCUGACAUGGUGGAUGAUAAUGGAGAGUGUGUCGUGGAAAACUUCUCUGUUGGCAGGAAAGGCUACGGCUCCGUCUUCUUCCCUGGUGAGGUGACUGUGACGGGCCUGAACCUCGAUGAGAUUGUCCACUUCAGGCGCAAAGAGGUCAUUGUGUACCCAGAUGACAAAAACAAGCCACCAGAGGGAGAGGGGCUUAACAGGCGAGCGGAGGUGACUCUGGACGGUGUUUGGCCAAAUGACAAGACAACCUGCACUCAGAUCAGGAGCCCUGAGCGCCUGACUGAGAUGAACUACGAAGGUCGGCUGGAGAAAGCCUCACGCAAACAGGGGGCCCGUUUCUUGGAGUACAGACCUGAGACCGGAUCCUGGGUCUUUGAGGUGGCCCAUUUCUCCAAAUAUGGUCUGCAGGAUUCUGACGAGGAGGAGGAUGUCCUGCCCAAAACUGAUCCCAAAAAGCUGAAGACUAUGAUGUCACUUCCUCCCACCAGGCUGCAGCAACAGCUUCCUCCCUCCCAGCAGCAGGUGGUGCCACAGGCUCAGUCCACUGUUGUCAUGGAUCUUCCGGGGGGUGUGGCGGAGCUUGACAGUGACAUGGCUGACAUCACCCAGAGUUUCCCAACAGAGAGCAUGCUGGGAGGAGAGGAGGAUGGUGACCUGAUGACAGGAGAGAUGGACACAUUGGGCGGGAAGCUCGGAGGUUUGAUCACUGCAGAGCAUGAUGGUGUCUCUGCAUCCAGCCACAUAGCGUCCUCGCUGGGGAUCAACCCACACACCCUCCAGAUCAUGAAGGCGUCUCUGUUUGCUGAGGAUGAGGAGGAGAGCGACUUGUUCCAGGAUCACAGAGCGAUGAAGGUCUCCACUGACAUCUCUUCCCCUCGCCUCGUCCUGCCAGGAGCGCAGAGCCGACCCUCUGUGGGUCUCCUUCAGGCGUGCUUUACUUCUGGCCCCCUCUCCCAGCUGUCACAGUCUCCCCGCCCUUUUCUUUCUCCUCUGUCUCGGGCGUCUCCUGGAGUCGCCGAAUCCCCCCGGCCAUUACACUGGGCGGGGCAGGGCCCCUCAUCAUUCCCUCUGGCCUCUCGAACUCCAGAGCCUUCGGUCAGGACGGUUGGCGUCCGGCGGCUGGGCGGUCCCAUCCCCCUCAAAGAGUCAGUCUCUCAGGGGAAGAGGAGUCUGUUGAUGGAUGCAGGGCUGUUUGUGGGCCGUUCCUUUCGGGUUGGUUGGGGUCCAGGCUGGACCCUGGUGCACUGCGGCCACCGGCUGAGCUCACCGCCAGGCAAACAGCUCGAUCACCAAGAGCUGAUGGCCAAAACUGACUUCAGCUUCCUGCCAAAACCUGCCAGGAACAAACCUCUGAUAGAAAGCCCCUAUAAGGUAGUGCUGGAGCAGCUGGUUGGUCUGGAGCCUCCAGCAGUGAAGACCUUUGAGGAAGAUGAAGAGGAGAGCCAGGCGGUGCUGCAGCGCCCACUGGAGAUCUGUCUGAAGAACAGCACUGUCGACACCAUAGAGGCGUCUGCCUGUCCUCUGGUCCGACCUCAGCCCGGCGUGGCGGCUCUGCAUGAAUAUGCCGAGUGGAUCACCGAUCUGAACGACAAGCAGAGAGAUGCAGACUCCCUCCUCGGUUACUGGUCUGAGGUCUGGACCUUGUGUGAGGCCUUGUGGGGCCGGUUGGGCCCCGCAGAUCAGGAGCCAGACAUUGAGACUCCCAGCGAGUACGAGCAGCAGCUGGAGAGGAGGCGGACCUUCUCAGCCUGGCUGUCCCGUGGAGCCACCUGUAGGGUGGAGGAGGAGGUGGCGCUGGCAGGGAAGGGUCGCCACACAGAGGCCAUCUUCAGCUACCUGACGGGAAACCGCAUCAGUGAAGCGUGUCGACUGGCACAGAAGGAAGGAGACCACCGUCUGUCCCUGCUGCUGUCUCAGGCCAUGGGCUCCCAGUACUGCCGUGACCUGCUGGCCCUUCAGCUCGCCGACUGGAACCGCAUGCAGACCGACUGCUAUCUGGCUGAGGAACGACUGCGCAUCUUCACACUGCUUGCUGGGAAACCUGUGUGGCAGUUGUCCGACUCUGUGGUGAACGUGUGCUCCGAGUUGGACUGGAAGCGCUGCUUGGCCGUCCACCUCUGGUUCAUGUUACCUCCAACAGCCUCGGUGGCUGAUGCCCUCGCUAAAUAUGAAGCCGCCUUCCAGGGCUCAUGUGAGGGGGUAAAGUAUGCCUGUGCCCCCCUGCCUCCAUACCUAGAGGCCGAGCAGCCAGACAUGGAGGAUGAGGAGGAGGAAGAGGAGUCUAAAAGGCCGCUGCACGACCUCUGCUUCCACCUGCUCAAACUUUAUAGCGACAGACACUACAGCCUACAGCAGCUGUUGGACCCUCUGACCAUCACCUGGGAACGUCUGGAUUACCGUCUGAGCUGGCACCUGUGGGGCGUCCUGCAGGCUCUGCACUACAGCCACCUGAGCGCCUCGCGGCAGGGACUCCUCCACGCCAGCUAUGCCGCACAGCUGGAGAGUGCCGGCCUCUGGCACAUGGCCAUCUUCAUCCUGCUACACAUCCCCGACCACACCCAGCGGGAGCGAGCGGUGAGGGAGAUGCUGACCCUCCACUGCCCCCCGCAGGAGACAGAUGAGUCCGUCCGGAGAGAGCGCUUCCUGACUGAGAGGCUGCUGAUCCCAGAGAAGUGGAUCCACGAGGCCAAGGCCAUCCGAGCCCGCCGGGAUGCUGACAGACACCAGGAGGCCCUGCACCUGUACCGUGCCGGAUACUGGAGCCAGUGUCACCGGCUGCUGAUCCAACACCUGGCCUCAGACUGUAUCAUCAACGACAACCAUGACUACUUGCUGGAGUUCCUGGAGGGGCUGGCGGUCCCUGAACAUAGCGCCACCAUCCAGGACUGGGACACUGCAGGGAGGGUUUACCUGGACUACAUCAGAGUCAUAAAGACUCUGCAAGAUAUCCAGCAGAUGGAAAACGCUGGUUACGAGCUGGAGCGUCUCUACACCGACGUGACAUCUCUCUGCAGCAGGAUCGAACUUCUGCCCUGCAGCACUGCCAGAGACCGCCUCGCCCAAUCAGAAAUGGCCAAGCGUGUGGCCAACAUCCUACGCGUGGUGCUGAGCCUGCAGCAGGGCGACGCUGCGGCCGACUCCCUCAGCAUCCCGCUCACCCAGCUUGCGCCGCACAUCACCCGCCUGCCGAUGCCAGAGGACUACACAUUGGAGGAACUGCGAGGCCUCACGCAGUCGUACCUGCGACAGCUCAUCGUCAGCCAAUGAGAGCACAGAACAUAGCGGGAGGGCAGACGUGUUGGGUCGUGUUUUUGUGUUGAGAUUUCAGAUGCUCAAACAUCAUUAAAAUCUGAUGCAGAAGCUUUUCUAAAAAGAAAAGGAGCAAAAACAAACUACGUCAUCUCGAAGUAAAAAAAAAGAAGUUGAUGUGGUUUUGUCUCGUUUGAGUCUUCAACACUUGUGUGCGUGUGUGAGAGUGUGUGUGCGCGUCGCUUCAGGGCAGCGUUUUAACAGAAUCCAACAGUAAGUGACUUGAAAUGACUCCUAAUUUAAACCACCAGACCAGUGAUCUUCUGCAUGCUUUAUUUACCAGAAAUCUUCAUCCCAAAUGUUACAGAUAAGCAUUUCAAAACACGUUACUCUGUUUUCGACCAGUGGUUCCCAAUCAGGGUCGGAACCUCCCAAAGGAGGAAGUCUAUGGGGUCACAAGAUGAUUGACAGGACAAUUGUGUUGUUUCACCAACUCAUUCUUAUUUCUGUUUUUUCAGACUUUACUCUUGUGAAUUAAUGAAUUAUUUGACCUCAAAAUUAUAUACGUGAAACACGGAAAAAAAACACUCUUUGCUAGAUCUGGUCCCAACUUGAUUGACUCAUGCAACCAGUGAUGAGGGGUCGCACAGAGACACGUUUUCGUCUUAAGGGGUUGCACAGCCUGAUUUUGGAAACCACUGUUUUGGACAUUUGAAUGCAUUUUUUCUUCUGUUCCCAGAUAUUCAAUAGUUUCUGCUGAUUUCUGUUUAGUAUGAAAAUCACUCAGCAGGCUCUUGAAACUUGCUUCAGUUGUGUGAUCAGUCUCUGAUGUCAUAAAGUCUUUGAUCAUUUAUUUACUUCAGAAAAACUGCAUCAUGUAAAGUAACGCUGACAAACUCACUCCCCUCACUAUCAACACUUCUGUUCAGGAAGUGAACUUGUGAGACCAAACAGGAAGACAAUUAAAACAGGAAGUCUGUAGAUCAUCUGUAGUGCCCAGAUUUCAGCUUUUCUGUAUUUUAUAACAGAUUUGAAGGUCACUGUGAUGGGUGAGUUUCAAGAUUCGACUAAUAAAUGUUCAUCCUGUGCAGAAAUGAGUAGAAACCAAUGAAUACAAAGACAAAAGGAAAAAGACCAAACAUAUGAAGCUACAGAAUUUGUAGUAGUAGCUAAAACUUGGGAGCACGCUGGUCUGAUCCAUCUUCAAAAUGAUAAGUUUGUCGCAUUAUUUGAGUUGAACCUGAAGAGGUUGCAUUAAAUUAGUUACAAUAAGAGUCAUUUCCAGGUUCUGUUACUGUUAAUUAUUUAGAAAUGCUCCCUAAAAACAGGCUUAUUUCCCUCAUUAGCAGAGUUUCUUUCUUCAUAUGUUUAAAUAGUGUCUUUGUAUGUGCAGUGCACUGUGCAUGUGAGCGUGUAAAUGUGACCCUCAACUACUCUUGAUCUCUGACCCCAAAGAAAACGCUGCGUUAUUGGUUAGUUCUGACAAAAUGUGUGUUGGGGGGGAAUCUGAUCGCUGACUACUCGUUAUUUUUUCAUUCAACGACUUGGUUUUAAAUGAGUAAACAGCCGUUAGCAUAGUGUGACAGUAGCAUCUGUUCAUCUGUCAAUAUGUGAAUAAAAACGAUUAUCUUAACAUUAAAGACGAGCGUGGAGUCGUACAAACGGGUUCAGUGUGCACAAAGUUGCUUUUUUUGGAGACGACUCAGAGGAAAGCUCAACAUGCAAAGUGUAAAAUGCCUAAUGGUCUAUUUUUGUAGAUUUCUUGUUUUUCUGUUUGGUUUGAAUGUAAAUCAGAAGUGUAUGUGUGUGCAUGUAAAGCAGAGAUAAACAAGUCGUCAGAUUUUUCUAAAGUUAAGAGUUUCCUUCCAAAACGAGCCGCCAACCAGAGAUUUCACUGCAUGUAAUUAUAUAAAUAUUGUAUAUUUUUGGAAAAUUAAACAGGGAAUAUCAGGUCAUUUUUAUCCUCCACCUUUAAUUAUUAAAAAAAUGGAUGGAAAGAGUUUUGGAAAGAAACUCUUCACUUAUCAAUUGGUCAUUUUUCUUUUUGUAGAUUAAUUAUCAGCUUGCCAAGAAUGUUUUUUUUUUAAUUUCAGUAAAAUCAGUUUUGUUGUUUCUCAACAAACAGGAAGCUCUAUAUGAUGUCUGUCCUUUCUCCUGUUAAACAGAAACAGUGUAUGUGUGUAGUUUACAGAAUGGAUGCUGCUUUGUGUUUGGGUGUGUGUUUGUGUGCAUGUUUCCUGAUGAUUUUGUUGAUAAUAUUUUUUAAUAAACCCAAGUAGAA